AUAACAACACAACACGUGUCAUUCAGUAACAACGUGCUGGCACGUUCACGUAAUAAUAAUACAGUACCAAAAAUGAAAAGCCGAAAUUAGUUUCCCCCAUUUUCCAUCAUCAUUUUCCCCUUUUCCCCCAUUAAUUCCCAAUCUCCAUGGCUGAGCUCAAAGAAACUUACGCAUGUAUACCUUCAACUGAACGAGGUCGGGGCAUUCUCAUUUCGGGUGACCCGAAAUCCAAUUCAAUUCUUUAUUGUAACGGACGAUCCGUUAUUAUUCGGUACCUUGAUCGCCCUCUCCAUGUUGCUGUUUAUGGAGAACAUGCUUAUCAAGCUACGGUUGCUAGGUAUUCACCUAAUGGUGAGUGGAUCGCUUCUGCUGAUGUUUCAGGUACGGUUCGGAUCUGGGGGACCCACAAUGAUUUUGUUCUUAAGAAAGAGUUUCGGGUUUUAUCUGGUCGGAUCGAUGAUCUUCAAUGGUCUCCUGAUGGUAUGCGUAUUGUUGCUUCUGGUGAUGGCAAGGGCAAAUCUCUUGUUCGUGCCUUCAUGUGGGACUCGGGAACAAAUGUGGGUGAAUUUGAUGGCCAUUCGAGGAGAGUUUUGAGUUGUGCUUUUAAGCCCACUAGACCAUUUCGCAUAGCCACAUGCGGAGAAGACUUUCUGGUGAACUUUUAUGAAGGACCCCCAUUUAAAUUCAAGCUGUCUCACAGGGAACAUUCAAAUUUUGUUAAUUGUUUGAGGUUCUCUCCAGAUGGUAGCAAGCUUAUCAGUGUAAGCUCUGACAAGAAGGGUAUUAUCUAUGAUGCCAAAACAGGAGAUAUAAUUGGAGAGCUGUCGUCUGAGGAUGCUCAUAAAGGAAGUAUAUAUGCUGUUUGUUGGAGUCCUGAUAGUAAGCAGGUGCUCACAGUCUCUGCUGACAAGUCGGCAAAAGUAUGGGACAUAUCUGAUGAUGGAAAAGGGAAAUUGAAGAAAACAUUGUCUUCCCCUGGUUCAGGUGGAGUUGAGGACAUGCUAGUUGGCUGUCUCUGGCAAAAUGACCAUCUUGUUACUGUUUCUCUUGGAGGAACUAUUUCCAUUUUCUCAGCAAGUGAUUUGGAAAAAUCCCCCGUGUCAUUUUCUGGACACAUGAAAAAUGUUAAUUCCUUAGCUGUCCUCAAAAGUGACCCGAAAAUCAUAUUGUCUAGCAGUUAUGAUGGUUUGAUUGUUAAAUGGAUUCAAGGCAUUGGAUAUAGCGGAAAAUUAGAGAGGAAGGUGAAUUCUCAAAUCAAAUGCUUUGAAGUCGUGGAAGGAGAAAUCGUGUCAUGUGCAUUUGACAAUAAGAUCUGGAGAAUAUCUCUGCUUGGAGAUCAAUGCGGAGAUGCAAAUUCUAUAGAUGUUGGCAACCAACCUAAGGACUUGAGCCUUGCCCUUAAUUCUCCUGAAGUGACUUUAGUUUCUAUUGAAACUGGAGUUAUUCUUCUCAAUGGUACAAAAGUGCUGUCAACCAUAAGCCUUGGAUUUACUGUGACAGCAUCUGCUAUUUCACCUGAUGGAACUGAAGCUAUAGUGGGUGGUGAGGAUGGUAAACUGCAUUUGUAUUCGAUCUCGGGUGAUACUCUGAAUGAAGAGGGUGUCCUUGAAAAACACAGGGGAGCUAUUACUGUUAUUCGGUACUCUCCAGAUGUUUCCAUGUUUGCAUCAGCAGAUGUGAACCGAGAAGCUGUUGUCUGGGAUCGUGCAUCUCGCGAGGUGAAACUUAAGAAUAUGUUAUACCACACUGCCCGAAUAAAUUGCCUGGCUUGGUCACCUGAUAACACCAUGGUAGCUACUGGAUCUCUAGACACGUGUGUUAUCAUAUAUGACAUCAGCAAGCCAGCGUCUAAUCGAAUCACAAUCAAAGGAGCUCAUUUGGGUGGGGUAUAUGGAUUGUCUUUUACUGAUGAACACAGUAUAGUGAGUUCUGGCGAGGAUGCUUGUGUUCGUGUAUGGGGAAUCACUCCACAGUAAUUGAGAUGUUUUGAGUUGACAAGAGUUGGUGAUAAGCAAUUGAGUUCAUAUUUUCACAUUAGGUUGCAGUUUGAGCAUUGAAAUGUUGGUUGGUGUCAACUCGGGAUUGCUCUAUGAGUGGUGCCACUAGUUGUAAUCAUGGUAACAAAGAACCCCACUGAGUUAAGAUUUUUUCCCUAGAAUCAUCACUUCCCUAUACCCAAAAAGGGUACUCUUAUUUUCUCAUAGAUGGGGCAAAAAAAUCAGAAAGUUCAAGUUGGAUUGUUUUCGACCAUGGAAAGCGUCACAUGCAGUGAAGUUGGGUGUUGUGGUCUUUUGUCCUGGUGCAUCCCAUGACCCUUUGGCCAGCCAUUAUGGUUAAAUUAUGGUUUUGCUUCUUAUUUUUGUAUAUGUAUGCAUUGAUUUUUUAUAUAUAAUUUGUCAUUCCAAGUAUAGGUUUUCGGGCACAAUUCCAAGUUUUGGUGCGACGAUGAUGCUAGUGUGAUCCUAUUGCUCUGGCUUUCUAUAGGGAUUUACAGUUUUUUGGUCUUAUUUGUAAGUUGUGACGUCUUUUCAGUUAUGUUGCCCUUUUAUUGUGCUACUUUUUCACGGGAAAUGAACAUCGUUCUGCCAACACUGCCACUGCUAUUUAAUGAAUUCUGUUAUUUUGUAUCCA